CACCAAUAUCACUACAGAAUGAACAGAAUGUUGAGUGGAGGUAUUGGGUUAGUACCCGGGGUAACUUACAACGUAAAACUAGGUUCCACCUGGGACCAGAUCCCCACAGACCUCAUACACGCUGUACAAUAUGACUUUAAACCUGCCUCCAUCGACCCCUCACAGCCCGGCCAGAUGCAGGUUGAAGGAGGUAACGGUGUUACUGUGCUCCUUCCUCACAAGGACACUGAUGAGAGUUCAGAGUUUAAGGGAAACAAACAGCAAACUCCUAAAGAUUGUUUUCUGAUCGUGGACAAAGCUACAAACACUAUUUAUUUGGAGAAAGUAAGUAAUAUGAUAAGAGUAAAGAAACAUCGGAGCGUACGUAAGAAACCAGCCGUAAGAAACCAGCUCCCCUUAGAGGAAGGCGAGAGAGCCUCGCCCGUUCCUGCAGCUAUGCAAGCUAAGGACAGAGUUUCCCCUGUACCUUCAGGUUUACAACCAAAAGACCAAGUAUCACCCGUUCCAACCACUUUCACACCCAAAGAAACCUUAUCGCCAGUUAAUAUUAUGACCACCACUUCUCAGCCUAGAGACUAUGCUCAACCCACUGCUCAACCCAGAGACUAUGAAUUACAUGUCCCCAAACCACCCUCGCCCAAAAUGCUGCCUAACAAUCCUAUCAAACCAGAAUACAAUACAAAGCCAGAAUUAUCUGACACCGAACAAAAAGUAAAGCGAUUAAAACCAUCUACUUUACUCGCCGCCUCUGGUAAUUUAUCAUCAGAGUCUGAUAGCGCAUCAGACUCAGAUAGUUCUAACGAUAGUUCAGACUCCGGAGGAUUUGUACCGGUAAAACCUGAGCCACAGCUCGACCUCGGUGGUUCUGGAAUGUUGAUCACUCCUCUGGGAGAGCCGGAUGUCAAGGAGGAAGGAGGGUCUUCUGGUGAUGCUAUUAUGAACAUGUUGAGUCAGGAUCUGGAUAUCAGUUCUGAUUCUGAUAGCGAUUGAGACUAGAUGGGAUUAUUGGGGACUAUGUCAAGAGUUUAUCGAUGAAGUUGAUUUAGCUUUAAGGCAGAAAAAGGGACAAGAUUUGAGAUAAACUGUUCUUCCACUAUCAUGCUGAGACUCUUUAAAAACUGUGCUCUGUAAUCUUCAACAGCAUUUGGGUUCUAUGAUUGAUCUUGGUCGGUGAAAUCAUGAAGCAGCAAAUUCCAGGAAUCCUGAAUUACUUAAAUUGGGAUAUAUUACACGACCAUAUUCUGCCUUACCUUGAUCUUGGUACCUUGCACCAACUCUUUUCUACCUGUCACACUUUCUAUGAACUUGUCGACUCUCAUUUAGCGUAUGCCACUCAUAUUAGUAUAACUGAGAAGUUUCGAAAGUCUUUGAAAGAGCGACAUUUGCUGAUGCUUGCUCCAAAAACUGGGAA